AAGUAUCCCCUUUUGCCCCCUUAUGGUUUAUAGUCUACCCCUUUGAGGACUUUGCACCAAAUCAAGAAAAACAAAUCCAUUGAACACAACAAAAACUGACACUUUGCUUUGCCUUUACUUCACAAAUUUUCAUUUUCUUCCUCAAACAACCAAAACCAAUCUCUUUCCUAAACUCUUUCAUAUACAGUAUCAUCUUGUUCUUGUUUUUCUAUUGGAAUAAGUAGUGCUUUGGUCUUUACAUCUAACCUCAAUCUCCCAAGAAACAAUGACUGACAGAGUCUACCCUUCAGCCAAGCCUAAUGGCACAGCAACCACUGCCCCCACUGCCACCGCCGCAAAUCCAAACGCGGCCCCAAUCAAGAAUCAGAUGUACAACAACCCAAAUCGCAUCCCUUACCGACCGACACCAACUGCCUACCACCGACACAACCGCCGUCGUUGCAGCUGCCGACGUUGUUUCUGUAUGUGUUGUUUUUGGACCAUCCUCAGCAUCUGCAUCAUUCUCCUCCUUGCAGCUAUUGCUGGUGCCAUUUUCUACGUACUUUACCAUCCUCAACGCCCCGCAUUCUCAAUUUCCUCACUCAAGAUCUCUAAUUUCAACCUCACCACCACCACUGACGACAUCACCCACCUCACUGCAAAAUUGAACCUCACGCUCUCAACCAAAAACCCGAACAAGAAACUGAUAUACAACUAUAACACUAUCGCUAUAACUGCACUGUCAAAUCAAGUUGUUUUAGCAAACGGAUCGUUUCCAGGGUUCACUAGCAGUCCGAGUAACAUUACAAUUAUACACUCGACUCUAUCGAUGGUGUCUCAAGUGCUUGAUGCUGAUUCCGUUUCGUCUUUGAAAUCAGAUCUGAAGAGAAAAGCUGGGUUGCCGGUGACAAUUUUGAUGGAUACAAUGCUUGUGGUGAAAAUGGACAAAUUAAAAAGCAAGAGAGUAGGGAUCAGAGUAACGUGUGAAGGAAUUCAUGGACAAACUCCAAAGGGGAAAGCUCCAGCUGUGGCAUCAACAAAUAAUGCUAAGUGUAAGGUUGAUCUGAGAAUCAAGAUCUUGAAAUGGACCUUCUAAUUUUAGCUUAAUUUGUUUUUUUUUUCCUUUUUGAGUUAAGUAUAAUUAUAAUUUCUUUUGGGGUUCAAAUUGGCUCCUCUGUUUUUAUUUUUUAUUUUUAUUUUUAUAUAUUGGGUUUUUUGGGAUUUGUUUGUAAACUGAAGAAAGAGACUAGGAAGAUUGCCAAAUUUAAUUGAGAAAGAUCAGGUUUUUUUUUUUCCUAGAAUUGUGAAGACAUUGAGGGGCUGGUAUUAUAAGGUUUUUCUUUUCUUUUUUUCUCCUCAUAGUUAUGUGUUUAAGUUAAUUAGUCAGGCUUAAAUUCAUUGAAUUGAAGAUCUCAAUCACAAAUUAGCAAUU